UUCACUCUGUGCGUGGUGUGUCUACGCGUGCGUGUGUGUGUGUGUACGCAGUGAAGGUAGAGCGGCUGCUCUCUGGGGAAGCGUCUCACACACUGCAGUGCUAGGCAGGGCUGUUGAGGCUGUUGAUGCUGCUGCUGCACUCUGCCAUGCUGAAGGAUGGUGCACCAGGAGAAAUGCCUUUACCAGGCCCAGAGGAACGAGAGGGAGUCGAUCAGGCAGAAGCUGGCCCUUGGCAGUUUCUAUGACGACGGACCCGCUUUCUUCACUGGCUGCAGCAAGGGUGGCAAAAACUGCCUGUCCUCACGGCUUCAGAAUGGGGUGAAUCUGCAGAUGUGCUUUGUGAAUGACAGCAGCAGUGAUAAGGACAGCGAUGCGGAGGACAGCAGGACUGAGACGAGUCUGGACACUCCCCUGUCUCCGAUGAGUAAGCAGAGCUCCUCCCUGUCGGACCGGGACACGGGGGAGGAGGACUUGGAGCCGGAGGACUGUGAGUUCUGGCGGGUGCAGCGGCGGCUGCAGGAGGAGGCCCGGGGGGCUCUGGCCCUCGCUCGGCCCAUGGCCCGAAUGCAGGUGGAGGUGGAGAGACAGAUCCAGAUGCACCGGCGAUCCCCCGUGGCCGACUUGCUGCCCCACCUGCCACACAUUAGCGAAAGUCUGAUGAAGAGGAGCCUGAGGCCCAUGGACCUGAGGGACAUGAGUCUGGGUCAGCUACAGGUCAUCACCAAUGACCUUCAUUCACAGAUUCAAGGUUUGAAUGAGGAACUGGUGCAGCUGCUGCUGCUGAGGGACGAGCUUCAUGUGGAGCAGGAUGCCAUGCUUGUGGAUGUGGAGGAUUUGACCAGGCACGCGCACAGUCAGCAGAGACACGUGGCAGAGAAGGCCCUGGCUAAACGGAAAGGCGCUUGCUCCCUGUGACCCCACUGCCUCUCCACGGCCUUCACAGCACUGGAUAGCGAAGGCAGAGAUGUUAGCACUUAGUGUUGUGGUAGCGUACGCACCGAGGUUUACUUUCUGUCCGUUUUCACUUAGACGUGCGUGUCUCUUUUCCCCUCGUUGCAAACUUUGUGUGGAUGUAUGUCGGUUAAACAAACACGCCGUGAGCUUGUGCAUGCCCACACCGAAGCAGAGCGACAGGCUCCGCCACGUAAAAGAACCUAACACGCCAAGCUAACGGUUUAACAGCCGCUACCGAAGUCUCUAUAGGCACCUGGAUCGUUAAAGUGAAUGUUUUUUAUUUUUAUUCUUCUUCAAAAUAGUUGUACCGAUGACAUUCUUAUAAUGUCCUUCGCAACAUGCAGAUUCCUCUCUGGCUCUUUUGCUUGCUGAUGUUCACGUAGCUUAAAGCAGGGUGGAGAAAAUAAUAAUAAAGCUAAUAAAGUGAGCUAGCCAUCCAUCGGCGUGAGCCGUCUUUACUGAAAGGGAGGUAGUUGGAUCAAACAGUAAGCACUUUCACACUUUGUUGUUAGUGAGGUUGCCAGGUGUGGUCAAAUACCACUCGCUGCAGAACCACAAGUCCCACAAGUCCAGGGGGUGGGGAUGUUUCUGCAGCGACGACCCACUCUCAGUGUGGUGGUAGUGACCUUUUGUGUUCAUAAUGAACUGUAAUGACAGUAUUUAAAGAAUGUUUUCUUUAUUUUUCACCCAUUUGAGGGAUAUAUGUGUGGGUAAAUGUUAAAACGUUACUGAAAUGUUGGUGUAUAGAACCAGAUCAAUAAAUGAUUUAAUGAACUGUCAGCUGAAGAAUGUCACAAUAUCAUAAAAAACACAGUUCUAAAAGGAAGUCACUAAAAGGAAAAUUUAGUGGAAAAUCAAGUGAAUAUGAUUGAUCACUGACCACAGAAUCAGUUAGUCAGCUGACUAACCAAGACAUGUUUAAUAUCUGAUGUGUGCUAAGAAGGGGAGGCUAGGCUAAUGUUGCUAACAGGUAAAUACAUGUAAUAAUUUGGAAGUAGUUGUUGCUAAAUACAAGUGUGUUCAUGCUAUUUAUCGUGACUGACGACAGGUGGGGAGCCAUCUUUGUUUAUUACAGAAAUAGUCAAUGUGUGUUGGAGGAUGCCACAGUAAUUUAAAAAAGAGCAGAAUUUCAUAUAAACAAAGCAUUAUGAAAACACAGCACAAAAAGAUCAGUGUUGUGGGGCUUCCAUUCUCAGCUUAAAUGUUUAAAAAGGUUUAUUCAUGCUGUUUUAAAAAAAAUCCUGAAUGUUUAAGGAAAUGAGGACAGUCUUUGUUAGCAAGUCCAGUGUUUGCUAGCCUAGCAUUAGCCUAGCAUCUCCUGUUCUGUCAUCUGUCAUUGGUCAUUAAACAAUCAUGCUCACUUGAUUUUCUCCAAAUGACCACAGUGGCCAGUGAGUGAAACCUAUAUAUGUUUUAUUAUAAAGUGAGAAUUGUUUAUCAAAUGUGCAAUAAAGGCAAAUGCUAUGAA